AUGAUGAAGGACGAAUGCAUCCUGGUCAAUUACAUGGAUGAGGUUAUCGGCCACAACAACAAAUACAAUUGUCACAAGUUUGCACCUGGCCAGCCACGCGGCUUACUGCACAGGGCCUUUUCCGUGCUGCUUUUCGAUAGUGAGAAUCGUCUGCUGCUCCAACAGCGGGCAAGAAGCAAGAUCACCUUCCCUCUGGUGUGGACCAAUACGUGUUGCAGCCACCCUUUGUACGGCAUGAAGCCAUGCGAAGUGGAUGCGCCGGAGGCCGUUGCGUCGGGUGACCCCAAGGGUGUCAAGGCGGCUGCAGUUCGCAAGCUCGGGCAUGAGUUGGGGAUUCCAGCGGCGUCGCUGGAGAUUUCGCGCUUCAAGUUUCUGACCCGUGUUCACUACUGGGCAGUCGAUGUCAGAACGCAUGGUGAUGAGGCAAUAUGGGGUGAACACGAGAUUGAUCAUAUCCUGUUGUACCGGCUGAACCCCGGUGAGACGCUGACGCUUAAACCCAAUCCGGAAGAGGUGGAGGGCACGCGCUGGCUUGCAAAAGACGAACUCAAAGAGGCCAUGAAGGGUACUGGAGACAUGCCAUUGUGGUCUCCAUGGUUCAAAAUCAUUACCGAGCGACUGUUGGAUGCAUGGUGGCAGGACUUGGACAAUGCGCUGUCCACGGAUAAGUACGUCGAUGUCUCCUCCAUCCACCGCUUCGAUACAGCGCCGGAGUUCCACGGUGGGCUUGGCAAGGCUGGUCCUUGGUUGGACAAGGUGGCGGAGGCCGAGGCAACGGCCAUGAGGGAAGGUGGUGAAGCACAGAGACGAAAGGCGAUGCUAGAGGCCGAGCACGAAGACCGUGUUGUGGGCUUUGUUGGCAGAGGGCGGGCAGAAAUUGGAUCUUCCGCAGGUGAUGUCAAGCAAGGGGGCUACGGCAAGGUGCCGACACACAAGAACCCCAAGCUCGACCAGCUCAUGAGGCCCCUGGAGAUCGUAUCUGCUUUACGCCUGAAGUGCACUGGAUUGCUGGAGAACAACAUCAAGGAGCAGAAGGAUCCAGAUGUUGAAUUCUGUGACGACAUGCUCGGAAAGGUUUCCAGAUCGUUUGCUGCUGUGAUCCGGCAACUGCCAACACAGUUGAGCAUCGACAUCUGUGUCUUCUACUUGGCACUGCGUGCUCUAGACACGGUCGAAGAUGACAUGGAGGCUUACAAAGGCCGAGAAUCCGAGAAGCAGGAGGAGUUGAUCCACUUUGGUGAAAAAAGGCUCAGCGACGUCAAUUGCAGCAUCAAAGGUGUCGGGGCUGCAGACGAGCGGACGCUCAUAGAAAACUUUGGACGCGUGGCGAAAGUUUUCCUGAAGCUUCCUGCAGGCAGCAAAGACGUAAUCAAAGACAUCACUGACAAGAUGGGUGCGGGCAUGGCAGAGUACGUGUCUGCAAAUCUUGCACAGGGAACUGUGGACCAAGCGGCUUACGACCGUUACUGUCACAUGGUUGCGGGCCUUGUUGGGGAGGGCUUGACGAGGAUCUUUGUUGCCAGUGGACUUGAAGGGGCGGAUCUUGCGGGCCAAGGUGAGCGGAGCUGGCCCUUUUGUGCCGAUCCAAAAGAGGAGCCCUCGAACCUGGGUCUGGCCAAUUCCAUGGGCCUUUUCUUGCAGAAGACAAACAUCAUCCGUGACUACCUGGAAGAUUAUGUAGAUGGACGUGCCUUUUGGCCUCAAACGGUCUGGAAGAGCUAUGCUUGCUCCAAUGACCUGGGCGAGUUUGCGCUGCCCACAGCCCAUGCAGCAGGAGCCCGCCUUGCAGUGAAAGCUGGUGGCGAGAAUCUUGCCAAAGGUGUUGGUGACCAGGCCCUGCUGUGCCUGAACGACUUGGUUGCAGAUGCGCUGGAGCUAGUUCCAGACUCGCUGGAGUACUUGGAGCGUGUGAAGACGCCAUCCAUCUACAGAUUCUGCGCCAUCCCUCAGGUGAUGGCCAUCGCAACCUUAGCCGAGUGUUUUGACAACCCCCGGGUGUUCACUGGCGUUGUCAAGAUUCGCAAAGGGCUGACUGCCCGUCUCAUUGUUGCCUGUUGCGAUGGUCCUGAUGCCGUCCACUUUUGGUUCCGAUCCUUUGCUGAAGACAUUCUGUCAUCAGUUUCGCAGGGCAAAUGUGCCGGAGCUGACGGGCCCAUCGGCAGACGGCUCGAGAAGGGCUGCGCACGCAUCCUGGAGAGGACGCAGAAACGAUCAGAAGCGUGGAGCAGCAAGCAGACGCAGAAGCGCUUCGUGGCUGGCGCUGUCACCGCCCUGGCAGUGUCGUCUCUCUUCCUGCGCAAUGCCGACCACAGCUCCAGGUAA